CCUUGGAAACUGCAUGGGCCUUGGUGAGCGGCCGUUCAGCCCGCCAUGGUGGGGCCAGCUUGCGUGGUUCAUGGUCUUCGCCAUCAUGUUACUGCUAGCUGUAUUAGGCAAUACACUGGUCAUAUGGAUUGUUUUAGCUCACCGUCGCAUGAGGACAGUUACAAACUGUUUUCUCGUGAACCUUGCGGUCGCGGACUUGUUGAUGGCAACAUUGAAUGGGGCUCCGAAUUUCAUAUUCCUGGUGACAGCGGACUGGCCAUUCGGGGCCGUGACCUGUACUGCCAGCAACUUUACCGCAAACCUUACUGUGUCUGCUGGCGUGUUUACAUUAGUGGCUAUUACUGUUGAUAGGUACGUGGCGAUAGUGAAACCUCUACAGCACAGACUGAGUCGCAGAGUGGCGCGCGCGGUGCUCUUCACAGUAUGGUGCGCCAGCGCAUUGCUCGCGCUGCCCAGUCUACUAUACUCCGAUACUUAUAAGAAACAGUAUGUUAAUGGUGACAGAGAAAUAUGUUUCAUUAAAUGGCCCGACGGCAGUUACCCGUCCUCAAAAACUGAUUAUGUAUAUAACUUGGUGUUCCUGGCUGUGACGUAUGUAGUCCCUAUGUCGGUAAUGGUCUGGGCGUACGCACGAAUGAGUGCGGCGCUUCGAGGGCGGGCUAUCGGCGAAUGUACUCAUCAUCAGAUGCAGGUCGUCAGAGCUAAGAGAAAGGUGGUGAGGAUGUUCGUCCUAGUGGUGAUGGUAUUCGCGCUCUGCUGGCUGCCAUACCACGCGUACUUCGUAUUAACAUACCACUACCAGUCUUUAGCGUCCGCGCCAUUCGCCCAACAUAUCUACCUCUUCUUCUAUUGGCUGGCCAUGGCCAACUCCAUGUUCAACCCUUUAAUAUAUUACUGGAUGAGUAAUAAGUUUCGGAUAUACUUUCGAAUGGUGUUAUGUUGGUGUUGGACCCCAAAAACAGCAACAUCAACCGACUUGAAGAAAUUAGAAAUGAACAAAUCUUUCUCUGUAAGCCAAAGAAACUAUCGAGACAUAUCGUCUUUUAGCCGAGCAUGACAUUCAAAAAGACGGAGCAACACUUCGCGCUCUACGCCGCAGCAUGAUCACUCGAAUGCUACAGAACUGAUAACGAAUGGCAAUGCAGUGCGAAUGAAUCCGAGAGGUGAACCCGAUGAGAGACACUUUCAUAUGUGUGAUGAUAAGUUAUAAUAGGACAAGUGAUAAGUGUAAAUAGUAGCCUAAGUUUUUCUACACGA